AUGGCCGAAGAGUUGCAGCAUAUCCAAACAUUGGAUGUUUUUGAUGUCACAAAACUUCCAACUGAUCCUGGUUUAAGGAUACCCAUUUUGGAUUACAAUGCUAACAUCCAAGAUAAAGUUCGAAGAGCAUAUAUGUUAAAAGGUCCUUGUCAGUCCCAAGAUCAUGACUUUCCAAAACGACAAUUUAGAGUAACAAUUAGACGAUUCAAUCCUUCGUGGUUCAAAGAGUUCGGUAGUUGGUUGGAGUACAGUGUAGAGAAGGAUGCUGCUUAUUGUUUGUAUUGUUAUCUUUUCAGAACAAGUUCUGGAAAGCAAGGUGGAGGUGAGUCUUUUGUUGGCGAAGCUUUUACAUAUUGGAAAGAUAAAAAAAGGCUUCAUACUCAUGUUGAAUUUCAUGAUAGUGCACAUAAUCAAGCUCGCAUUAAGUGUGAAGUGUUGAUGAAUCAAGAGCAACGCAUUCAAUCAGUUUUCUACAAACAGUUAGAACAAGCAAGAAAUGCAUAUGUCACACGCCUUAAUGUAUCCAUUGAUUGUGUUCGAGUUCUUUUGCGACAAGGGCACUCAUUUCGAGGUCAUGAUGAAUCUGAGGAUUCUUCCAAUCCAAGUAACUUCUUAGUGCAAUUGCAAUUUUUGGCUGCUCAUAAUGAAGCUAUCAAUGCCGUCACAUUGGGAAAUGCUCCUCACAGUUGCAAAUUGACAUCACCUGAUGUUCAAAAGGAUAUAGUAAAUGCUUGUGCUAUUGAAACGAUCAAUGUUAUUAUCAAAGAUGCUGGUGACUCACUAUUUUCUAUUCUAGUUGAUGAAUCUUGUGAUGUGUCAAUGAAGGAGCAAAUGUCUAUUAUUUUACGUUAUGUAGACAAUAGUGGGCAUGUCAAUGAACGCUUCAUAGGGAUUGAACAUGUUACAAGUACCACGGCUCUAUCACUUAAGGCUGCAAUUGACAAGGAGAGUCCAUGUGCUUUUUACAUUCACUGUUUUGCUCAUCAACUCCAACUUGCGCUUGUGGCUGUGGCAAAGAAGAACAUCCCUAUUACUAAUUUCUUUCAUGUGGUUGGGAACGUGAUAAAUACUGUCGGAGCAUCUUCCAAGCGUUGUGAUCUUCUUCGAGAAAAACAAUUAGACUUUAUUGUUGAGGCAUUGGAAAAAUGUGAGAUUUUAAGUGGACGAGGACUUAAUCAAGAAACAACCCUUCAACGCUCUGGUGAUACACGAUGGAGUUCACAUUAUAAUUCUUUGGUCAGCUUGCUUGCCAUGUUCUCUUCUAUUUUAGAUGUACUUGCAAUAAUUGUUGAAGAUGAAUCUUGUUCUUGUGAUCAAAGAUCUGAUGCAACAAAUUUAUUGGAGUUGAUACAAAGAUUUGAUUUUGCAUUUAAUCUACAGUUGAUGAGAAGUGUGUUGGCGAUGUCAAAUGAACUGUUAAAGGCAUUGCAAAGAAAAGAUCAAGAUAUUAUGAGUGCAAUGCAAUUGGUGAGAUUGUGCAAACGAAGACUCCACAUAAUGAGAGACGAAGGGUGGGACUCCUUUUUUGAAGAAGUAUGUUCUUUUUGUCAACAACAUUACAUUUAUGUACCCAACAUGGAUAAUAUAUUUGUACGCCUUGCAAUACGUGGUCGCCCUCAGCGUAAUUCUCCAGAAAUUACAAAUUUACAUCAUUAUCGAGUAGAUUUGUUCUACUCUGUCAUCGAUUUACAACUUCAAGAAUUGAAUGAUCGUUUCUUGGAGGUAAAUACAGAGUUACUCCUUUGUGUAGCUUGUUUAUGCCCACAAGAUUCAUUUUCUUCUUUUGACAAGAAAAUCUUAAUUAGACUUGCUGAGUUUUAUCCAUUAGAUUUCUCUGCAGCAGAUGGCAUUGUACUUAGCGAUCAACUUGAGACUUAUAUUUUGGACAUGCGCUCUAACAAAGAGUUUGAAGAGUUGAAUGGCCUUGGUGAUCUUGCGGAGAAGUUGGUUAUGACAAAGAAAGAUAAGGUAUAUCCAUUGGUUUAUAGACUUUUGACUUUAGCAUUGAUUUUACUGGUUGCUACCGCUACUGUGGAGAGAGUUUUUUCUGCAAUGAACAUCGUAAAGAAUAGAUUGCGCAAUCGGAUGGAUGUUAGGUUUGUCAAUUUUUGGAGAGAUGGUAGUUUUCAUGUUGGUGAUGAUGAUGGUGGUGAUAUUGGGUUCCAGCAACAUUUUCCUAAACGCUCUAAGCUGGUGGAGCAAAAGGGAAUUGUUGUGGUGGUAGUGGUGGUGGUGAUGCUUAGUGGUCAACAGUCCCUUAUUACUCUGCAAGGUGAUGUCCCUUAUGGUCAUGUUCAUGCUGAAAUGAAAGGUGGUAUGGGUAAGAAAAAUUCGUCCAUGCCCUUACAUAGGAGGUUGGGACACAUCUCCAAGAGGAAAAUCCGGAGAGUGUGCUGCGUGAACUGCAUCAAGGGAAAGCAGACCAAAACCUCACUUCAAUGGCUUGUAGAAAAGGGCAAGAAAAUGGAUAUUUGA